CAACGAGGUGCGUCGUCUGCAUCAUCUCCUCCUUUAACCACCACCGCUUCAGGCCUUCACCGAAGAGCCAUUGGCAUAUCUCACAUCCGCUCUGUUCUCAGAGGAAGAAGAAGGCGACAUUCGAGUGGAAAUGGCUCUGUAUCUCAGUAGCGCGUGUGCUUGCGGAUUAAGAGUGAGGGCAUCUCAGGCAGCUCCACCCAGAGCCACGGCUUCAGAAGAAGGGAAGGUGAAACUCGGAGGGUCUGGAUUGAUGGUCACCCAGCUCGGGAUUGGGGCCUGGUCUUGGGGCGACACCACCUACUGGAACAAUUUCGAAUGGGAUGAUAGAAAAAUGAAGGCUGCAAAAAGAGCAUUUGAUGCUAGCGUCGAUUGUGGAAUAACAUUCUUUGAUACUGCAGAGGUUUAUGGAGCAAGGUUCUCUCUAGGUGCAAUAAAUUCUGAAACUCUACUCGGGAGAUUUAUUAAGGAAAGAAAAGAGAGGAAUCCGGAUGUGGAGGUUGCCGUUGCAACCAAGUUUGCAGCCUUGCCAUGGAGGCUUGGGCGUAAAAGUGUCGUUGCAGCCCUCAAAGAUUCUCUAAGCCGGCUCGGUCUCUCCUCGGUUGAACUUUAUCAACUACAUUGGCCAGGAAUAUGGGGAAAUGAAGGUUAUAUUGAUGGGUUGGCAGAUGCAGUAGAAUUAGGCCUUGUGAAAGCUGUUGGGGUUUCAAACUACAAUGAAAAACGCCUUCGAGAUGCAUACAAGAAGCUUAACAAGAGGGGUAUACCCCUAGCUUCAAACCAAGUAAACUACAGUCUAAUAUACAGGUUGCCCGAGGAGAAUGGUGUGAAGGCUGCCUGUGAUGAACUAGGGGUCACUUUAAUUGCAUAUUCUCCUAUUGCUCAAGGUGUUCUUACUGGAAAGUAUACUCCAGAAAAUCCUCCAACGGGUCCUCGCAGACAGAUUUAUACUCCCAAGUUUUUAACCCAACUGCAACCACUGAUAAACCGAAUAAAGGAGAUAGGAGAACAUUACAACCGAACUCCAACACAGGUGGUGCUGAACUGGUUGAUAUCCCAAGGGAAUGUGGUCCCCAUCCCGGGGGCCAAAAAUGCAGAGCAGGCUCGAGAAUUUGCUGGCGCCCUGAGCUGGAGAUUGACAAAGGAAGAAGUCGAGGAGCUUCGAUCUUUGGCAUCACUUGUCAAGCCUGUUGCUGGCAUCCCUGUUGAAAAACUCUAAUCAUAUGAAAUUCAUCCCAUCACCAUGCUGAUAUCAAACUUUUUACUGCUACAAACAAUAUACUCUCUCCACUCACAUCUAAAAUCAUUAUGACUUUUGCGAUAUCAAAAGUUAAAUGAAUGUAGACAAUUAGACAUGACAAAUGUCCAUAUUCAUUCAAUUUUUGAUGCAUCAUAAAAGUCACUUUAUAAUGAUUGGUUAAAUACUUAAAUGUGUGAAUAUAGGGAGUAGGCUGUAAUUAUCAUAUGGCAUCAUAUAUUGUGUUUAGUGGAUUCUGGUGGUGCAUGCAUGUCUCUUUCACUUUGCUGGAUCCAAGGGGCUAUGAUAAGGUAAGGUGCAACUCUACAAG